AUGACCAUUUACAAAUCUACCAAGAAGAUCCACAUCCCAACAGACCAGAAUUUGACUGAACUGCUCCAUACUACCGCUCGACCAGACAACAAGCUCAGACAACAAGCUCAGACAACAAGCUCAGACAACAAGCUCGGCCAGCAUGUUGUUUUCGAAGAUGAUUUGGAAGGUAGAACAAUCACUCUUGAACAACUUAGGCAGAAAGCAGGACGAUUGGCCUACGCUCUGAAUGCUCAUUACAAGCCAGUGGAUCAAAGCCGAUGGGCAGUGAUUCUACCCAAUAGUGCCACGAUAGCAGAAGUGGUUCAUACAAUUCUUUGGCUUGGUGGAGUUUUCUGCCCCAUAAAUCACCAACUGCUCUCUUCAGAAAUAGCGCAUGCCCUUGUUGUAUCGCGGCCGGCGUACAUUAUCACGUAUGGCAAAGUCAUUCAAAAGAUCGAGGACGCAAUUAUUAUUGCUCGUAAGACCAACCCAGGCUACAAACCGGAAAUUAUUACUGCGAUUCAUCAUGACAUCAACUUUCAGCACUGCAGCCUUGAAAAAGAUUUUCCAGCAUCAAAUCAGCUACUUGUACCUCACUACGCAGACACCCGGGACCGCUUAGCAUCUAUCCACUUGUCUUCUGGAACGACCGGGUUACCGAAAGGAGUCGGAUUGUCACAAUACAAUUACCUCUCAAACGUUUAUCAGCUGUGGAACCACGACCCCGAACGUUGGAACACAGAAGAGUCUGUUCUCUCAGUCACUCCAUUUGUCCAUCUCGCUAAUGGCACCGUUCCUUUCUUCCUUGGUCCUUGGACAGGUGUGCGGCAUAUCAUCAUGUCAAGCUAUGAGGUUGAAAAGCUCGGUAAACUGGUGGAGGAGAGGCGACCCACAACUGUUCAAAUGUUACCAACCAUACUGCAAGGCGUGUUACGGUCCCAGCUGACGACGCGAUACGAUUUCUCCAGCGUGAAACGAAUCACUGGAUCUCAUGGGGGUUUGAAACGUGACGAAGAAGAACAGCUCUUUGGCAGAGGCAAGUGGCAGCCACUUCAAAUGUAUGGUUUGACCGAGGCAGGACCUUGGGUUGCUGUCCAAAGAGUUUCGGAGCAUCUGAAAAAGGGUCAGAUGGGACAGCUCGUCCCUGGCUUGGAGGGCAGACUGAUUACCGAAACCGGAGCUGACGCAAAAAAUGGCACCUCUGGAGAGCUCUGGAUUAGAGGACCUAAUGUUACGAAAGGGUACAUUGAUAAUCCGGAGGCCAACAGAAACGCGUUCCCUGCGGAAGGCUGGUUCAACACCGGCGAUAUUUGUGCAAUCUCAGAGGAUGGAAUUGUUUCUUUAGUGGGACGCACCAAGGAGCUGAUAAAAUAUAACAGCUUUCAAGUAAGCCCGAACGAGCUUGAGGUCUACUUGUUGCAACAUCCGGCAGUGUCCGAUGGUGCAGUUGGACCGACCUGGGACAAGGCCAAGGACACGGAAGUACCCACAGCCUAUGUGGUACUAAACAAAACAUUUACAGCCGAGGUUUCAACGAUUCAAGUUUUGCAAGACAUUCAAACAAAGGUGGACAACCAGUUUUAA